UAAAGGAGCAUAAGAAGGAGUGGAAAAGGGCGAAACUCAUCAAACAGUUAGAAAAGCGGAAACAGCAAGAAGCUGCAGAGAACACAAAAGUUGAAGAAAAUCGGAGCAGUAAAGGUCGAUCUUAUACGGUGAGUGUAGCACUCCCUGGCUCUGUCCUGGACAACGCUCAGUCCCCAGAGCUCCGAACUUACCUGGCAGGACAGAUCGCUCGAGCCUGCGUCGUGUUCUGUGUUGAUGAAAUCGUUGUGUUUGACGAGCAAGGGGAAGACAUCAAGAGCAUCGAAGGUGAAUUUAAAGGUGUUGGGAAGAAGGGCCAUGCUUGUAUUCAGCUUGCCAGAAUACUCCAGUACAUGGAGUGUCCACAGUAUCUGCGCAAAUGGUUUUUCCCAGUUCAUAAAGAUCUACAAUAUGCAGGUUUGCUCAACCCUCUGGACAGUCCUCAUCACAUGCGAAUAGACGAAGAGUCAGAAUACAGAGAAGGCCGAGUCCUCAACAAGCCCCCCAAACAAGGAAAGGGAUCAUUGGUCAGCUGUGGUUUGAGGAAGGAUGUCCGGAUUGACAAACAGCUGCAGCCGGGUCUACGAGUCACAGUGAAGCUCAGUAAAACACAGAGUCAAGAAAACAAACUUUACAAAGGGGUUGUUGUGGCUCCUCACGUGCCGAGAACCGAAGGUGGUCUUUACUGGGGUUACACUGUCCGCCUGGCAUCCAGUCUCAGUUCAGUUUUCACACAAAGUCCGCACAAAGGAGGCUACGAUUUAACCAUCGGCACCUCGGAGAGAGGCACCAACGUGGACCAAGCAACACUCUCACCAUUCAAACAUAUGUUGGUGGUUUUUGGAGGUCUUCAGGGUUUGGAAGCCAGCGUAGAUGCGGAUCUGAACUUGGAUGCGACUGAUCCUAGUCUUUUAUUCGACAUGUACCUUAACACGUGUCCCAGUCAGGGCAGCAGGACCAUUCGAACAGAGGAAGCCAUCUUAAUUUCCAUGGCAGCGCUGAGACAAAAGAUCACAGCUGUUUUUCCAGAUGUUUCCAGUGGUUUAUGAGAGAGCUGGUUAUGCUGGAAGUUGAGUCAUCUGAUUUAUGUAUCAGACUUUUUAUUGUAAUGUUUAUCAUUUUAUCUUGUAAAAAUGCAUUGGUCUGUCUGUUUAAACCAAUAUUUCAUAUUUAAAUACAGACUUGCAUUCACAACUUUUUCCCCCCCUUUCCUUUUUGUUGUUGUUGUUGAGAAAUAGAACAUAAUUCAUUUAAAAAAGCACCACACGUCAGUAAACGUCACAGUUUUAUAUUUCAGGUAUCCAAGCAACUAUUUCAAACAUAUCUGCACUGAUAUAAAGUGGCACAUCUUUUCAAAAAGGGUCCAAGAUACAGAAGGUACAGGUUUCAGAUUGUCAAAGUGCAGCCACAUUCCAGCUGCAGUGCAUGCUGCAUGCAUCUACCCCAUAUUCGUUUCCUGCACCUCUCUUUUGGGUCAUCUGUGUGGCUGCCAUGCGUCUAAAUCUAUCCUUCAUGUCAUACCUUUAAGUUAAAUGAUGUAUAUUUGUAGUGGGAGAUUUUGUUGCAGUUUC